CAGUCCAGAUUUAAGAUGCAUAGAUUGAGAGUGAAAGUUCCGUGUCACCCACCUUUGAGACAACACCCAGAACAUAAACAAAUGCUACAAACCCAGUUCCAAUGGUUGUUGGAGAAAUGCAAGAGUGUGGAAGAGGUGAACCCGAUUCUAUCUAAAUUCGUGGUAAGUGGACUUAUCCGCCAAUCAUUCUAUCUGUGUAAGCUUGUUGAGGUCCUAGCUCAGUCUCAGAACUCUACUCUCCUUCUCUACUCACGCCUUCUCUUAGAACAUCAGUCCAAUGUAGAAGAGGAUUUUAACAUGUCUCCUUCGACAACUACAUUUCUCUGGAAUACAAUCAUCAGGGGUUACUCGAGGAGCCGGUUUCCCCAGCAAGGAAUCACGACCUACCGUAAGAUGCUCCAGAGUUCCUGCAAGCCUGAUAACUUCACAUUCCCCAUCGUCAUCAAGGCUGCAUCGUCUAUGCAAGAAGGAGUGCAGGUCCAUGGUCAGAUUGUUAGCAACGGGUUCGAAUUUAACAUAUUUGUGGUAAAUACCGUGUUGAGCAUGUACACUGUGUUUGGGGACCUGAAAUCUGCUCAAAGGCUGUUUGAAAUAUCCCCCAAUUUAGACAUUGUCUCUUGGAACACUCUAAUUGAUGGGUAUGUGAAGUCCGGAGCCGUUGAGCUUGCCAGGAGCUUAUUCGACAAAAUGACUGAGCGAAAUGAGAUCACUUGGACUGCAAUGAUUUCUGGAUAUGCAAAGAGUGGUAACAUGGAUAUUGCUCAGUCCUUGUUUGAUAGAAUGCCCAUUCGCAGGAGUCCGGUAACAUGGAACUCAAUGAUUUCAGGGUUUGCUAAGUGUGGGUUUGUGCCACUUGCGAGAAAAAUGUUCGAUGAGAUGCCUUUAAGAAACGUAGCAUCCUGGAAUGCCAUGAUUUCUUCUUAUGCACAGAGUGGAGAGGUCCAGUUAGCUCGAUCGUUAUUUGACAAGAUGCCAGAGAAAGAUGUCAUCUCUUGGAGUUGCAUGAUUUCUGGUUAUGCGCAAAAUGGUCGCGGUAGAGAUGCACUUGGACUAUUUACAGAGAUGGUGGAGUCAAAGAACUGCAUCCGGCCCAACGAGGUGACGCUGGUGAGUGUGCUUUCGGUAUGUGGGAAUCUGACAGCUCUUGAUCAAGGGAAGUGGGUCCAUGUUUACAUUGAGAGGAAUGGAAUGAGAUUAAGUGAUAACCUUGGUGCUGCUCUGGUUGAUAUGUACGCUAAAUGUGGAUGUUUGGGAAGCGCAGUUGAGAUCUUCUGGAAAUUGGUACAAAAAAAUGUCUCCACUUGGAAUGCUCUGAUUACAGGCUUUGCCGUUAACGGGGCUGCGCAAGAAGCUCUCAAAUUAUUUGAAGAGAUGCUGAGAUUGAAGGAAAAACCUGACAGCAUCACUUUUCUAGGCGUGUUAAUGGCUUGCUGCCAUGGUGGGUUGGUGGAGGAAGGUCUUCGCCACUUUAAAAGCAUGUCAAAAGACUAUGGAAUUCAACCUGAAAUUAAGCAUUAUGGUUGUGUGGUGGAUCUUCUGGGGCGAGCUGGUUUACUGGAUGAAGCUCAGCAGAUGGUCAGAAGCAUGCCGAUGAAGCCAGAUGUCAUGGUGUUAGGUUCUCUGCUUGGUGCUUGCAGAAUCCAUGGGAAUGCUGCAAUUGCAGAUGCAUUGAGGAAGGAGUUCCUUCUUGAUCGGAACCCCGAGGAAGCAGGUUGCCAUGUUUUACUCUCUAAUAUAUAUGCGACUGCCGGUAGAUGGGGUGAUGCUUCGGAUAUGAGGAGUGAAAUUAACUCAAGUCAGAUCAAAAAGAAUACAGGGUUCAGUGCAAUUGAAUCACUAGGAAUUUGAACCACAGGUUAGUCAGUCAUCCAUUAAGCUGCUGGUUUAAAUGUGAAAAGAGUUAUCAUAUCUCUCAUGCAAAAUUGUAUCACCGUUGCUUGAAAGAGGUCAUGUUUUUAAAAUUCAAUUGUAGGCCUAGUUUUUUACUAGAAUUGAGGUGCCU